UCGCCGCAUUAAAAUCAGAAUCAGAGUGUCGUCAGAGGCAGACAGAGAGAGAGAGAGACUGAUCCUCAAAAGAGAGGCAACAUUGUACACUUACCGCAAUACUAAGGAAAAGGGAGCCCGCCAAAUGGCCAUAGUGUUUAUCUAAUCUAAUUUCUAAUUGCUUUUGCAGUCAUUAUCCUGUUUUUAAUGUUUGUCGUCAGAGCUAUAGACAACAAGCCCCUUUUAUACUAAGCAUUACUGAACAUUAAACAAGAACCUCACCCUCCACCGUUUCUUAUUCUUCUUCUUCUUCUUCUUCAAUAUAAGAAGCCUACUCUUUUCAUCUUCCCAAAGCCCCGUCGUUUUUAGCUUCCUCAGUCGAAGAUGUGCGGGGAAAUUAUUGUUGUAUAGGUUUUUGGUGAGUUUAGUUGAGAAAUAUAUAUAUUUUUGUGAUUAGUUUUUUAAUUGGAGGAUGGCUGUGGUGAGUCCCGUGCCUGCAAUAACGCCGGGGGUGAAUUCGAUGAGGUUUCACCACGUUGGAACUCCAGGAAUCAUGGCGGCUCGAACAGAAAUUGUGGAGGAACCGGUGGCGCGUAAAGUUGAAGAUAAAAUCUAUGUGGCUGUUGGCAAAGACGUUGAAAAAUACAAGUCCGUUUUAUUAUGGGCCUUACAACAUUCCGGAGGAAAAGGAAUUCGCAUAAUUCAUGUUCACCAGCCGGCUAAGAUGAUUCCACUCAAUGACAUGGGUACAAAAUUUCCAGCUAGUGAACUCGAAGAACAGGAAGUCAAUGCAUACUGGGAACUUGAAAGACAAGAAAUGCAUAAGAUCCUGGAUAAAUACCUUCUCCUCUGUCUCCAAAAGGGGGUGAAAGCAGAGAAGCUGCACAAAGAAAUGGACGUUAUCGAGAAGGGGAUUUUGGAAAUGAUAUCUGAGAAUGGGAUUCGAAUGCUUGUAAUGGGAGGAGCAGCGGACAAACAUUAUUCGAAGUAUAAACCACAUAAGAAAGUCAUGGACCUCAAGUCCAAGAAAGCCAUCUCUGUGCGUGAACAUGCACCUGCUUCUUGCCACACAAUAUGGUUUCUCUGCAAAGGACUUCUUAUCUACACAAGGAAACUAAGUGUAGAUGUAACUGAUAUUGCAUCAUCAUCAUCAUCAGCACUGCCAGCAAGUCCAAUCCUUGAAUCUGGGGAAAAUCACUUCAGACCAAAAUCUGUUAUACUGCCACAAACUGGUCAAGUAAAACCCUUUACUUCUAUACCAGGUUCACUGAAUAGAGUGAGAUCUGAAAAUGCUUAUGGACGCAUAGGAAGUGCAUUGGGUUUUAUUUCCCCUGAUGCUAAGGGAGGGCUAUCAACUUUGCGGAGCAGAUCUUUUGCAGAGAGUAGUUCUGAUGAAUGGGGUGGUUUAUCUAGAAGAUGUCCUCAGAGUUCUGUUUUCUUACCAUGCUCUUCCAGUGGAAUGGCUGAUGCAGCUUUGGUCCCAAACAUGGGAAUUGAGGAGAAUGAAAAUGGAUUAGAAUCUAGUUCAAUGCCUCAGGCUAAAGAGAAAUUUCGUCUGUCAUCUCCUCCCAGUGUUCUGGAUGAAACUAUAGAUAAUACUCUUUAUGAUCAACUUCAACAAGUAAUGGCAGAGGCUGAAAACUCAAGAAGAGAAGCAUUUGAAGAGGCAGUCAGGCGUGCAAAAGCUGAAAAAGAUGCUCUUGAGGCUAUACGUAGGGUCAAAGCAUCAGAAAUCCUGUAUGGACAGGAGUUAAAACGAAGGAAAGAAAUUGAGGAAGCAUUAGCAAAAGAAAAGGAGGAACUUGACAAGAUGAAUAACCAGCGAGGUGAGGUCAUGGUAGAACUUCAACAUGCCUUGGAUCAGAAAUCAUCACUGGAGAAACAAAUCAUGGAAUCUGAAAAGGUGGUUAAGGAGCUUGAAGAGAAGAUAAUCUCAGCAGUUGAAGUUUUGCAAAAUUACAAGAAUGAAAGAGAUGACUUGCAGAUGGAGCGAGACAAUGCACUCAAAGAGGCUGAAGAGUUGCGAAAAAGUCGAGCUGAGACCUCAGGUGCACAUUUGCCUCAGUUUUUCAGUGAGUUCUCUUUCUCAGAGAUUGAGGAAGCAACUCACAACUUUGAUCCCACCUUGAAGAUUGGGGAAGGAGGAUAUGGGAGCAUUUAUAAGGGUCUCCUGCGCCAUACCACUGUGGCCAUCAAGGUGGAUGUUUUGAGUAAGAUGAGGCAUCGUAAUCUGGUCACUCUCAUUGGAGCCUGUCCUGAAGCUUGGACUCUUAUUUAUGAAUAUCUUCCCAAUGGAAGUCUUGAAGACAGACUAAGCUGCAGGGAUAAUUCACCCCCUUUAUCAUGGCAAACACGAAUCUGUAUAGCUACAGAGUUAUGUUCUGUUCUCAUCUUCCUUCAGUCUAGUAAGCCUCAUGGCAUAGUGCAUGGAGAUUUGAAACCUGCAAAUAUUCUCCUUGAUGCCAAUUUUGUUACUAAACUGAGUGAUUUUGGAAUCUGUCGUCUGCUAAGCAACAAUACAACUGUCUGCUGUAGAACUGACCCCAAGGGAACUUUUGCUUACAUGGAUCCGGAGUUCCUUGCAACAGGAGAACUUACUCCAAAGGCCGAUGUUUACUCAUUUGGAGUCAUAUUGUUACGGUUGUUGACAGGAAAACAAGCCGUGGGUAUAAUAAAGGAAGUCCAUUAUGCAUUAGAUAAUGGAAAUUUGAAAAACAUCUUGGAUCCUUUGGCUGGAGAUUGGCCAUUUGUGCAAGCCGAGCAACUGGCUAACUUAGCCUUGAGGUGCUGUGAGAUGAACCGAAAGUGUCGGCCAGACCUUUCAACAGAUGUGUGGAGGAUGCUUGAGCCAAUGAGGGCUUCAUGUGGAGGUUCAUCCACAUUCCAGCUGGGUUCUGAAGAGCAUUUCCAACCUCCUUCCUAUUUUAUCUGCCCCAUUUUCCAGGAAGUAAUGCGAGAUCCUCAUGUAGCAGCAGAUGGUUUCACUUAUGAAGCAGAGGCUUUGAGAGGUUGGUUUGAUAGUGGUCAUGAUACCUCACCCAUGACGAACAGUAAGUUGGCACAUUGCAAUAUUGUCCCUAACCUUGCUCUUCGCUCUGCGAUUCAGGAGUGGCUGCAACAACAUUAAAAUGCAUUACUAUCAGAUUAUCUUUUUGAUUCAAAGUCAUGUUUGUUGCUUAUGGCAGUCUCUUAAGUAGCCAAAAGAUAGAAUAACACGUGAUUUUCUGUACAUAUAUAUAUUUAUAUUCCUUCUUUUUAGGUACUUGUUUGGGUCCUACGGGAUCUCAGACCUUGCAGUCACGUUAUAGUGUCAUCUAUUGUAUAUUUUGUAUGGAAGAGAUUGUUGGUAUGCCAAAGAUUAGUCAUUAGUGUAAUGAAAGCAUGUAAUAUUUCAAUGUUGUGGCUUUGAGGGUUUUGUGAGACUCAACACUCUUUACAUUAGUAGGUUCUGUUUGAAAGCAGGCUAAGAGCUGGGCUUUCUCGGUUCUACUUGCUGCCCAAAAGCAUCAUGUCUAAAACCUAAUCAGAAAGUUUACUGAAUUCUUGAUCCAAGGAGACCGAACUCCCAAUCCAAGUCCAACAGCGAAGCCUCGAAAGUCAGAAAGGAAACCAAAACGAAGUGUGGGACUCAGGGGCUGGGUUUGCCAUUUAAACCCUUCCCACCCCCUAGAAUCCAAAUCACCGAAGACAAGAAUGGCACUCUCUAUCUUCCGGAGGAUUUGGAGAUCACGGACCCAAACUGUUGUACUAUCUGAAUUCUGAACCGAGUCGAGUCAUCUUUUUUGUUUUCAUUUUGUUAAAGAAACUCGAAGACGACUUUGACUCAUUUUCUGGGGAAAAAAAAUUAUUAAGUACGUUUUAUUAGCAAAUUCUUAGAUUUUGAUAUGAAGAAUGAUUUUGGAAAAAGUAGUAAGUGAUUUUUUGGUUUUGCUUAUUAUAAUAUAAUAUUAUUUAAAAAU